CCCGCUCCUGGGCUCGGCGGGCUCGGGCUGGCUGCUGCUGGAGUUUGCCGUUUCGCUGCUGGAGAAGAUGCAGGCUCAGGAAAUCCUGCGGGGCCUGCGGCUCCCCGAGCUCGAUGACCUCAGCCAGUUUUUCCGCAACCUGCCGGCCACGGCCCUGGUGGGCAUCGGGGCCUUGGCCGCCGCCGUCGCCUACUGGCUGGCCAGCCGGCCCCGCGCCGUGAAGCCGCCCUGCGACCUGCGGAUGCAGUCGGAGGAGGUGGAGGGCAUGGCUGGGGCACGACGGUCGGUGAUUGGGGACAGCCCGCAGCUGCUGACACACUACUACGAUGACGCCAGGACCAUGUACGAGGUCUUCAGGAGGGGAUUCAGCAUCUCCGAAAAUGGCCCAUGCCUGGGGUUCAGGAAGCCCAAGCAGCCCUACCAGUGGCUGUCCUACAAGGAGGUGGCUGAAAGAGCAGAAGCUCUGGGUUCAGGGCUGAUUCAGCAGGGCUGCAAGCCAUCCACAAAGCAGUUCAUUGGGGUCUUUGCUCAAAACCGGCCAGAGUGGAUAAUUUCUGAGCUGGCUUGCUACACCUACUCCAUGGUGGUGGUUCCCCUCUAUGACACCUUAGGUCCUGGAGCCAUUCGUUACAUCGUCAACACAGCUGACAUUUCCACAGUCAUUUGUGACAAACCUGAAAAAGCCAGAACACUCCUCGACCACGUGGAGAGGAGAGAAACACCAGGUCUGAGCUCCAUCAUCCUGAUGGACCCCUUUGAGAAGGAGCUGACAGAGAGAGGGAAGCGCUGUGGGGUUCACAUCCAGACCCUGCAGGAGGUGGAGGACUGUGGCCGUGAGAGUCACCAUGUGCCCGUGCCUCCUCGACCAGAAGAUCUAUCAAUUGUCUGUUUUACUAGUGGCACUACAGGAAACCCCAAAGGUGCUAUGCUGACUCACGGGAACGUGGUUGCUGAUUUUUCAGGAUUUUUGAAAGUGACAGAGAAAGUGAUCUUUCCGAGACAGGAUGAUGUGCUCAUCUCCUUCCUGCCUCUGGCUCACAUGUUUGAAAGAGUUAUCCAGGUAAGAAACCUGCCUGAACUGACAAGGCCUCGUGGGGCUCCUUCUGUUUUUUUCCAGAGUCAGUGGUCUCCUACUUGUGAGGAUGUACACAUUUCCUAUUUGCCUUUAGCACACAUGUUUGAGAGAAUGGUACAGUCUGUUGUGUAUUGCCACGGGGGACGAGUCGGGUUCUUCCAAGGAGACAUCCGGCUGCUGUCCGAUGACAUGAAGGCCUUGCGUCCCACCAUCUUCCCUGUCGUGCCACGGCUGCUAAACAGGAUGUAUGAUAAGAUCUUCAGCCAGGCGGACACGGCGCUCAAGCGCUGGGUUCUGGAAUUCGCUGCCAGGCGGAAGAAGGCGGAAGUUCGAAACGGGAUCAUCAGAAACGACAGCUUGUGGGAUAAGCUUUUCUUUAAUAAAAUACAGGCGAGCCUCGGCGGGUGCGUUCGCAUGAUAGUGACAGGUGCUGCCCCCGCCUCUCCCACCGUGCUGGGCUUCCUCCGCGCCGCCCUCGGGUGCCAGGUUUAUGAAGGUUAUGGACAAACAGAGUGCACAGCUGGAUGCACCUUUACGACCCCAGGGGACUGGACAUCAGGUCAUGUAGGAGCCCCUUUGCCCUGUAACUUAAUCAGAUUGAAGGAUGUGGAAGAGCUGAAUUAUUUUGCUGCCAAAGGAGAAGGAGAGAUAUGUGUGAAAGGACCAAAUGUUUUCCAAGGUUAUCUGAAAGAUGAAGAGAAGACAACUGAAGCUCUGGAUCCAGAGGGCUGGCUCCACACUGGAGACAUCGGGAGAUGGUUACCUAACGGGACUCUUAAAAUUAUUGAUCGGAAAAAGCAUAUAUUUAAACUUGCUCAGGGAGAAUAUAUUGCACCAGAGAAGAUAGAGAAUAUCUAUAUCCGCAGUGACCCUGUUGCCCAGAUCUACGUCCAUGGAGACAGCCUGCAGGCCUUUCUGGUGGGAAUUGUGGUGCCUGAUUCCGAAGUUAUGCCAGGCUGGGCAAAGAAAAGAGGGUUUGAUGGAACAUAUGCAGAACUCUGCAAAAAUAAGGAACUGCAGCAAGCAAUAAUGGAAGACAUGGUCCGGUUGGGGAAGGAGAGUGGACUUCAUUCCUUUGAGCAGGUCAAGGCCAUUUACAUUCACUCUGAUAUGUUCUCGGUACAAAAUGGUUUGUUGACGCCAACGUUAAAGGCUAAAAGACCUGAACUCAGAGAUUACUUCAAAAAACAAAUAGCAGAGCUAUAUUCAAGCAUCUCCAUCUGAAACCACGGGAAGAAUGUUUGGAAUGAUGGACUUUUUAGCAAUAUUAGAAUAACACUCAAAAAAUGCAGAGCCAGAAUGACACAGCUGAAAUGGAUAAACAUCUGAGUCUUACAUUUGAGCCUUGCAUUGUUCUAGGACUUCACCACUAACCAUAAUUCUCCUUCUUUUUUCCAUCACUGUGAUACAGUUUAUUUUUUACUCCAUGUACACCAUAGGGUACCACUAAGGACUGUGCUAAAUGGCCACAAUAUAUACAGAAAUGUCAAUCUGUCACCAAGUAAAUUAUGGAAACUUACCUUACUAAUAACUACAAACAUUUUUAAUUAAAAUAGGGAAAAUUUCAGGUAUGCCUGCUCAUAUUGGAUUGUAUAUAACCUAAUGCAUUAGAAACUAAAGUUGUUGAUCAAUCAAUAAUAUGGUCUACCUCAAACAACCAGUGAUUGAUGGUGAAAGUCUGUUUUCCCUGAUCUGACACUUCAAGCUGGAUAUUGAUUUAUAUAUUAAGUGAUAGGUUUUUUUUAUUUUCCAAGACAUAAAUACAUUAAUUCAAUUGCUAAUGACCUAAGUAACAACCAGAAUAGGAACAGGAAUUAAUCUUCUGCUAUUUGUACCUAGUAGGCCUAUUAUUAUAUUACAUCUAAGGGAUUAAUAUUACCUUGAAAUUACCAGAACAGGUUAGGAAGCAAUAGGAUAGGAUUCCCUCUACUUUUCAUCCCAACUUGGUUUAUACAUGGCAUGCUGGUUUUACAUUAGGGCCUCCUUCAGCCCAGUGCACUCAUUGACAUCUGAACUGCUCAAACUGGGAAGGCUGGGAAGGCAUCACUGGCUCUCUGGGAGUUCCCGUUAACCCAUAAUGCUCCCGGUCCCUAAUCUGUUACUUUACAUGCUGCUAAUACCGCAUAGUCCAGCUGGGCUAACUCCCUUUCAGAAACAGCACUGAAGAAAUGGAGCACAAGGUCUAAGCUGUGAUUCUGAAGGAAGGGGGCUUAGGUCUGGGAGAAGAGCCAGCCUGGGACGUGGCAGUGGAGGGAGGGCAUCCCUCGGCUGGCUGCUGGAGAGGAAGAAACGCUGCUGCAAGAGGCCUGUGGAGAUGGGCAAAAGGCUGGGUUAGCAGUGCUGCUGUGAGGUGUCACUGGACGUGGUUGCAGAGAAGCCUGCUAAGAAAACAUCUCUCCGUUCAGACAUCUGGAAGCCUCAGUUCCCACUGUCAUUGCUUCCAGUGGCCUCUCGGGAAUAAAGAGCACGUGGUCUGGACAAAACCUUAAGACUUCACAACCAGCUGCAGCCACCAGAAAGGGGACAAGUCCCACGUGGAACAUGAACAGACUCUGGGGCUCUCUCCUGAUACAAAGCACGGUACAAAACAAUGAGAAAACUGUAAAGUCAAGUCGCUUGAAUGCUUGGACUGUCAGCAGUUUCCUUCUGCUAAACAGGGUCUUAUGUGUGUGUGUUUUAAUAGCUGCUGUUUGUUGCAGCAGUGCAUAGUGGCAUGGAGCUGUGCCUGCUAGAUCAGCUUUGCUAGGACAGUGAAAGCACGCUCAUUUUCUCUCUUAAACUGGAAUCCGCUGUAGAUUUUUGAAGCUAGAAUUUCAAAUUUUCAAUCUGAAUCAUCUCUUAUUUUCCCUCAGAUAUUCCAUUGCAUGCUUCAAAAUGAAAUCAAUUGAAUUAAUGAGUGAGUGUUACACGAAGACUGAUUUAUUGCAGUAUUUUGAGAACACAAUGAUGCAAAGGAAACCAUAUCAACUAACAUAAUCACUCAGAUAAAGCAUUUGAUUUAUCAGAUGUGGAAGGAUUUGGCUGAAUCCCUUUUUGCGCCUGAUUCCUCAUUUGAUUCCAGUGCAAUGAGUCAUAUCAGUCCAAAGCAAGUCAGAGAUAUCACUGCUGUCAGCCCAGACUACAGCACAUUCAUUUUUCACCAACGUACGCAGCAGCAGCACCCCUGGGGAGGCUGCGUCUGCUACGUGGAGGGAUCACAGGAGUGACUGGAUCAAAUCUGGCUCUUUAGGUCAAGUCACAAAGGAUUUUUAUCUCUCCGGUGUCUAGUUCACCUCCUUUCUGUAUCAGCCAAAAGACAGGCAUUACACAUGCACGCUUCAGAGCAAUGCAGAAUCACAUUCAGUACCAUUUCCUGCCUGCUUCAGUGCAACGAACUUUUAAAGUACAUUAAAAAAUAACUACUCAUCUAAAUAAGUACAGAAAAGCUAUUUUCCACUGAUCUCUUUCUACCAUGUGAAUUUAACUUUUCUCCUGAGGUUAUUUCAGUUUACCAAAUUUUUAGACAACUACACUCUGUAUGAGGUACAGAAGAUCCCAAGAUGAGUUUAUUUAUGGCUUAGAUGGCUGUUAUUUUUACCUACCUAAUGCUAAAUAAUGUAUCUGUGUUCUUCUUUUGGUGUUUGAUGCACAAUGUCAGAUGCACUAGAGCCAGAGAUAUGGACACCAAAAAAAUAAGAAAAAAAAUACCAACUUGGCCACACGAGGACGGUGCAAAAUUUGGGAGAAACUGUGUUGCCCCACCAGA